GAUCAUAGUUUCAGUAUCUCUAUAUAUAUUAUAUCAUGCAUACGUAAGUAACUAUCACAUACACACCUGAGCUAGAAUCUUUAACUUGCCUCUACUUACAUUUAUUAACAAGAAAAAAAGAAGAUUAUAUUGUUAUAGCGAUUGACAGGGAAGAGACAGUGCUCCGGGGAACAAGCCACUUCAAGCAGGGGAAGUUUUUAUAAGAAUGAAGCCAUGCAUGGCGACUCUAAGACAAGUGAUUCAUCAACCAUUGUUAAACUUCCAAGGAAACAUGGUCGACGUUCCGUUUUUCCGGCGAAAAGACAAGGUCGUUUUCGUCAUGGGAGCCACCGGAACCGGUAAAUCCCGUCUCGCCAUCGACUUGGCCACUCGUUUUCCGGCGGAGAUCGUAAACUCCGACAAGAUCCAAGUCUACAAAGGUCUCGACAUAGUCACCAACAAAGUCACUCCAGAGGAAAGCCUCGGCGUCCCUCACCACCUUCUCGGCACCGUCCACGACACUUACCAAGAUUUCACGGCAGAGGAUUUCCAAAGGGAAGCGAUCAGGGCCGUCGAGUCCAUCGUCCAGAGAGAUCGUGUCCCCAUCAUAGCCGGUGGUUCUAAUUCUUACAUCGAGGCUUUGGUCAACGAUUGCGUUGACUUCCGGUUAAGGUACAAUUGCUGUUUCUUGUGGGUUGACGUCUCAAAACCGGUUUUACACUCGUUUGUCUCGGAGCGAGUCGAUAAGAUGGUUGAGAUGGGACUCGUCGACGAGGUUCGCCGCAUCUUUGAUCCGUCCUCUUCUGAUUACUCCGCCGGGAUUCGCCGUGCCAUCGGAGUCCCGGAGCUAGACGAAUUUCUCCGGUCGGAGAUGAGGAAUUAUCCGGCGGAGACGACGGAAAGACUUCUUGAAACAGCGAUCAAGAAAAUUAAAGAGAACAACUGUUUGCUUGCGUGCCGUCAAUUACAGAAGAUUCAGAGGCUUUACAAGCAGUGGAAAUGGAACAUGCACCGCGUCGACGCGACGGAGGUUUUCCUCAGGAGAGGAGAAGAAGCGGACGAGGCUUGGGAGAACACGGUGGCUCGCCCGUGCGCAAUGGCCGUCGAUAGGUUCCUAAACUACAGCGAAGACCACCAUUUGGACCGCAACGAUAUUCUCCUACCAGAGAUCUCGGCCGUUCCGCCGCUCCCAGCCGCCGUGGCAGCGAUUUCACGGUGAAACAAAAAAAAUAACAGAUGGAAAAUAUAUAUAUAUGACAAAAAAGGGAAGUUUAAGAGCGGAAAAAGCCACAAUAAAUGACACGUGGCGAGAUUGGUCGGAAAAAGGAUAUAACCAAGCCAUGAUAAUGCCAGGUGGCGAGAUGGGUCGACACUGUCUCGGAGAAGAUGGUGACGUUUUCAUUACACAACUAAAAAAAGUGUCUUCCGGUUUAACGGGAAAAAAACAAAAAUCGGUUUUGAGGGGAACUGAAGCGCACGCGCGGGGCGGACGCAGAACAGUUGUUCCCUUGUGGUUUCUUUAUUUUCCGGUAUAGGUACUUUAUAGGGCUAGGAUCUGGUCCGGAAUAGUGUACGGUUUAUACGGUGGAUUAGGCUAUAUAGGCUAUAUAAGACAAAAGAUGUCGUUGGUCAACGCGGUUUAGCUCAAUAAGAAAAAGAAUAAAGAGGGAUCUAACGGACUAAACAAAGAGUUUAAGUUUGGAACGGCGUGUUGCCGUCCGAUACGUGUGUUUGGGUCCUCCAGUUGUGACGUGAUGUGGUUACUACUAAAUAAUAAUUCAAUCAAACGGCUCUUAAUUAGUGUUUUGUUUUAUGAUUUGUUGUUGUCUCUGUC